CAGCGCUGAAUGCAGGGUUACCGCGCCCAUCUCUGCUGUUUGAUGGCCGCAGGAAGAAGCGACUGAGAUCCUGGCGUGAAGGAAGAAACAGAAGGGGACGACGACGGUUGGGAAAGACGAGGAAGGGACAUUAGCUUUAGUUGGAAUAUUUUUUUAACCAAACAUUGGGAACGAACAAACGAGGCUUUGGCUCUUCCGUCUGGGUGAAUACCGCCUCGUCUCUGCGCCUCUGAGCCGGUGUCUCCCCCUGUCAGUGGGUUAAAAAAAAACUGGGUUCGGGGAGUGCCGCUCCUCGGUGGCUAAACUUGAUCAAUCUGAGCGCCUGGGCUAAGAGGACACACAACAUUUAACCGUUUCCAGUCAAUGUGAUACAAACGACGGAUACCUUCGAUUGAAAGCGGAUCAGCAAGAGUCUAGGCGGCGGAGCGAAGCGCACCAUUAGCAGUGGAAAAUGAGUGAACUGGAUCAGCUACGCCAGGAGGCUGAGCAGCUCAAGAACCAGAUCAGAGAUGCCAGGAAAGCGUGUGCGGAUGCUACCCUGUCUCAGAUCACAGCUAACAUCGACCCCGUUGGCCGAAUUCAGAUGCGCACUAGACGGACACUGAGGGGGCAUUUGGCUAAAAUCUAUGCCAUGCACUGGGGAACUGACUCAAGGCUUUUGGUCAGCGCCUCCCAGGAUGGCAAACUCAUUAUUUGGGACAGCUACACCACGAACAAGGUCCACGCCAUCCCACUGCGCUCCUCCUGGGUGAUGACAUGCGCCUAUGCUCCUUCUGGGAACUACGUUGCCUGUGGUGGCCUGGACAACAUCUGCUCCAUCUACAACCUGAAGACCCGUGAAGGAAAUGUGCGCGUCAGCCGUGAGCUGGCCGGACACACAGGUUACUUGUCCUGCUGUCGCUUCCUGGAUGACAACCAGAUUGUAACGAGCUCUGGAGACACCACCUGUGCUCUGUGGGACAUUGAAACUGGUCAACAGACAACUACAUUUGCUGGUCACACCGGUGACGUGAUGAGCCUCUCCCUGGCGCCGGACAGCAGACUGUUUGUGUCUGGAGCCUGCGAUGCCUCAGCCAAGCUCUGGGACAUCAGAGAAGGAAUGUGCCGACAGACCUUCACUGGCCACGAGUCAGACAUCAAUGCCAUCUGUUUCUUCCCCAAUGGCAACGCCUUCGCCACGGGCUCAGAUGACGCCACCUGCCGGCUUUUUGACCUGCGUGCCGACCAGGAGCUGAUGGUUUACUCACAUGACAACAUCAUCUGCGGCAUCACCUCCGUAGCAUUCUCUAAGAGCGGCCGCUUACUGCUGGCUGGCUAUGAUGAUUUCAACUGCAACGUCUGGGACACUUUGAAGGGCGACCGCGCAGGUGUCCUGGCUGGUCAUGAUAACCGGGUGAGCUGCUUGGGUGUGACCGACGAUGGCAUGGCAGUGGCGACAGGGUCCUGGGACAGCUUCCUCAAGAUCUGGAACUAGAGUCCGAAGAUGUCAUCCGGACUCCAAAGUUGAGUGAAAGACCAUUCCAACAUCACAAUGUUCAUUUUAUUGCAUAUCCAAUCUUUUUUGAAAGAAAAAAAACACCAUGAUACUGACUCCAAACACCCCCCCCCCCCCCCCUAAAAAAACAACAAAAAAAACUAUCAAGGGCAAAAAUUCUCUCCUCCUCUCUUCUUCUCAUUUAAAAGAGCACAAUUGUCUCACUCAUUCAGCUUAGAAAAAAAUUACACAAAAAAAAGCUUGAGGAAUUUAGUGAUUUCCAAGUGGGCUGCUGGGGGUAAAACCUCUCCAACAAUAGUCUGGUAAUGUAAUAAAUGAAAAAUACGAAGCCCCCUCCCACCACUGCUACACCACACAGCAAAUGUGUCCUGCAUCCUCCUUAUGCACAGGUCUGAAUGAAGGCAGUGAUCUAACUCUUCAUGGCUUUUUGACCAUGUUUCUUUUGCUUCUCUGUUCAUCAUUACACUCUGUUGAAGAGAGGUAGAUCAGUGAACUGUCAGUUAAUGUUUAAAACGAGGAUCAAAGCUUUGAUUUAUUUCCUAGUCUUUAGGCGAAUGUUUAUAGACCGAGAAGCAAGCGAAGCUUCAGACCGCGUCAUCGUAAGCCCAGCUUUAUCCCACUGGAGAACAAAGUGAGAGAAUUCAGCUUCAACGGGGAGUCCUCAAGCCACAUCUCACCCUUCUGUAUAUUUAGCUCCAUGAUACUUUAAUGUUCCUUUUUAUUUUAUUUUAUUUUUUUUCCAGUGUAGUCCACAGAUCUUUGUUUGCACAAAAAUUAAACGUUGCAUAUAUAGGAUAAUGUCUAAAGGAAAAAAGUUAACUAACCAAGCACAUGCUGUUUAUGAUAAUGAAUGCUUGUUUUUAAAAUGUAAAAAAGAAAAACAAAAAAAAAAGAAACAUUUUAACCAUUCUUACACCUUUCUGUCUGGCAACAGUGUAGAAUAAUUAAAUGAAGAUUAACCCAUCAGAUCAUAAUCUACCCUGCCCACCCUUUUCCUUUUUGUUCCUUUAUUCCCCCCCUACUUUUACUUUAGCUCUCCCUGGUUUCUGUUGCCCGUGGUCGGGACCGGUGAGGUGAUCUGGUUGAGUAGGGACUACCUCCGCUUUAGCCCGGUCGCGCUCCGGAUGUUUCUUUUUAACAGAGGGUCCCAUUCCGUGCUUGGAAAUGCAGUUACUACUCUGUGAAUGACAUGUUGUAUAAAUCAAUGUUUGAAAAUAAUGAUAUUGAAACUUUUUAAGUUAAAAACAAGAAAAAAAAGAUUUUUGGUUGUCUGCCAUGGGUGGGUUAUCUCUUAGAAUCGCAUGCUGUAGAAUUGCUUAAAAGGUGCAUAUGGAAUUAAGUCCUUUUGAUGUUUUUCUUUAAGAAAAAUAACCUGUUGAAUAUAUCAAUACAAUGGUAUUUAUAUUUUUUUUCUCUAUUUUCCUUUGUUUUUGUUUUUUUUCUUUUUGCUACUCUGUGCAUACAUGUUUCAACUGAAAUGUCAAAGCUAUGCACUUGAGAAGCAAACCCUGCAACAUAAACGGUUACUUGGUCCAUUCUUGGGAGGGAUUCCACUAAUUUUAGAAGUCACAUGAAUGCUUAAAUUGUACACACAAGCGUACAUACAUUCAUUUACCUUAAACACAUACAGUCCAAAUGGAACAAAUAGAUUUUCAUUCCUUCUGUAGCAAACGAAAUUUCCAUUUACCGAAACCUUUUAUAACAGUUUCAUUUUUUUUGACCUUUUAAUAGAAAAUGAGAAAAAAAAAUCUUGCAGCAUCUGAAUGGCAGAACUUUCUGUUAUUCCCUUCUCCUUGUAAACAAAACGCUUUUCUUUAGCAGUAGGAUCUUUUUCUUCCCAACCUGUUAUUUUUUCUCUCUCUCUGCGACAUUCUGUACAAAAGAAAAUGUGCUGUAAUUGUGCGUUAGGCCUGGAGUUGGCAAAAAAUAAAACGAAUAAAAAUAUUAAAAAUUAAUUAAACUUUUUUCCUUUUUCUCUUUCUCCAUCAAAUAACUGUAGAGCUCUGCACCCCCCUCCCCACUGCCUCCCCUUCACCUUUUGUAUUUAAUUUUAAAGUCAGUCAGUGUACAACCGAAAGCUGGAUGCAAGAUAGAAACUAUAUUAAAAUGUACUGUUAUUUAAGAUGUAAUAAAAAGCAGUUUGAGAUGA